AUGGACAUGAGAAGUCUUUUUCCACAAUUGGCGGCCGAUAAGAUUCUUCCGGAGUUCGAGGCUGCUUGUGAAAUGCGUGGAUCAAGGUUUUUUGAAGAGAAGAAAAUCAGCAUUGCAAAGUGUGAAUCCGAAGCGAAUGAUUAUCAAGCUGCUCCUGAACCAGUUCGAAUUCCUGGAUCACGAACACAAAGACAUAUCAAGCCAAUCCCAUAUGCAGAAAAUCCUGUUAUCGAGCGCCAGAAUCUCAAUAUGAAACCAAUUUUUGAAGUUAUUAUGAACUUCCUAUUUCGUGGUCAUAAAGUUUACGUGUAUUAUCCGAAAUAUUACGAAAAAUACAUCACCGAAGGGAAAAUUUCGAAGAUUGGAGCCGUAUUUGUAUCUUCUCUACAUUAUGAAAAAGUCGAAAUCAGAAAAGCGUAUAAAUUCGAAAAAGCAUCAGAAAGAAUUGUGGCUCCGACGUUCCAAAAAAGUUUAUUCGCGAAAAAUUCAUACACAAUGAUUUUGGAACCGUCAAUCCGAUUCAAAGUUACGCAAAACAGAUUUGUUACAAUUCCUGCAGAAAAGGUAUUACGAUAUUCUCCUGGCGAGAUCGAAUUGCGACAACAACUAAAACAUCAACUUUAUCUAGAAGAGCAAGUGAAACAGAUUUGCAUGAUUUCUCAGCUCUAUCCGUUAUCGGUUAUGCAAAAGAUAUGUGUGAAAGAGAUACUUGGACUGUUAAAACUGUCAAAUUCGUCUGUCGAAACGCCUAAAAUGGACUCCGAGACUUAUAAAAGUUUCCGUAUGACUGAAAUAGAUAGUCCGUCUAGUUGUACAUAUUGCUACCGACUCGAAUGCACUGUUCAGAUUGUUCCAACAUCGAAUACCUAUAACAAAGCAACGAUAAAUUCAAAGAAUGCCACUGUUACAGUAGGAAGAACCAGCCAACGGGAUAUCACUCUUCAAGUUGAAUUAAGCGGAGCUCGGAAUGGUCAACCUGCAGUUUCAAAUUAUGCACUUUCUGAUGCGAUUAUUCAUCAACAGAAUAUUGCAAAGGGGAAAGGAAGUAUCGAAAUCCCAUCUAGAAAGAUGAUUGUACAGUUAUCAAACUGUGCGCCACGCAAAUUAAACGUAUUUUUGAAAUCUCUUCAAGCGAAACUCGAUAUUAUGAAAGCUGAAUGUAGCACUUCGAUCAUGGUAGUUGAAAAGAAUACUGUCUUAAAAGGGUUGUCGAGUGUUUUCAAUGCUCUAAGUCCGUUGAGCGUUGGAGAAAUUCGAAAGAUUCGCAAAAUAAGAGGAAUUGCGACGGGUGAAUCACCACUGGCGAAGACGGCUGGAUCGUCGACAACACCACAUCGUGAGAAAGCAAAAAACCAUUCAUUAAACAAAACAAACAGUGCGACAACUCCUAUAUCAUCUGCAAGGGAACGAAGGAUAAUGUCGAGUUCCAUUGGAUUAAAACGAAUGCGAACAUUUGCCGGAUUUGAGGAUGACAAGGAUCAGCCGAUUUCUUUUCAACCAUUGAAGCCGAUUGCGGAAGAAGGAGAAACCCGAGGGCAACGAAUCGAACUAACCGAAGAGCAGAAAAACGUAGUGCGUUGCGUAGUCAAAAAUAAGCAAAAUGUAUUCUUUACCGGAUCUGCGGGAACAGGAAAAUCUGUGGUUUUGAAAAGGAUAAUUGAAAUGCUGCCAGCAUCGACGACUUAUAUAACAGCAGCAACAGGUGUAGCCGCAUGUCAAAUCGGCGGAGUAACACUUCACUCUUUCGCUGGAAUCGGAAUCGGAAAAGGAAGCGCCGAACAAUGUUAUAAUAUGGCGAUCUCUCAAAAACAUGUUGUAAAGCAAUGGAAACAAUGUUGCCACUUAAUAAUUGAUGAAAUAUCGAUGAUUGAUAAGGACUAUUUUACAAAAAUUGAAUAUGUGGCUCGGCAUAUUCGGAAUAGUGAUGAACCGUUUGGUGGGAUACAACUUAUUAUAACGGGAGACUUUUUCCAGCUUCCGCCGGUUUCCAAAGAUGAGCCGCAGUUUUGCUUUGAGAGUGAAACAUGGAAUAGAUCAAUGAUGAAAACGAUUGUUCUAAAUGAAGUCAAACGACAAGACGAUUUAGUUUUCGUAAAUAUUUUGAAUAAAAUUCGCAAAGGAAUAUGUGACAGUAAAACUGCUGAAAAGUUGUCGGAAACUUCGAAAUCGGAUUUUGAUGCCAUUCAAGCGAUGGUGCCGAAAACGAUUUCACUCAAAAAGGGAUGCCAGGUUAUGCUGCUAAAAAAUAUUGAUCUCAGCCGGGGACUAUCGAAUGGAUCUCGUGGUUGUGUUACUGGAUUUUCCUUAAACGGCAAUCCAAUGGUCCACUUUGUUUCGAUUAACCGUGUAAUUGAGAUUCGCCGAUGUCCAUUUUCGGUUCGUCUUCCAGGUUCAGACACUUCUGUUAUAAGAACUCAAAUUCCUUUACAAUUGGCUUGGGCAAUUUCGAUUCAUAAAUCGCAAGGUCUUACUUUAGAUUGUGUCGAAAUGAAUCUGUCCAGAGUAUUCGCUGACGGACAGGCAUAUGUUGCGCUGUCAAGGGCGAGAUCACUUAAUUCUAUAAAAGUUCUCGGCUUUGACGCUUCUUGUGUUCGAGCAAAUCAGAAAGUUUUAAGAUUCUACUCAGAUCUUGACGAAAAUUGUGAAAAUUAUGAGAAUGAUUUUACAAUUGCCAAGAAAAGAAGCCGAAUGAGCUUGUAA